UCGCUGCUUCCAUCUGUGAUCUCAACUGUGAUAAUGCCGAAAGGUUUCCUGGUGAAAAGAAGAGAAGACAUGAGUGCUUUGGACUUGGUGCCAUACCGGCCUUGGAGAAGUGCCAUCAUGCACGACGAGCAAGAGGAACCGGUGGACUUCAGCCUCCGGCGUCGGCAUUCCAGCAGUGGGAGCAGAGAGUCGCUGUCAGCCAGAGAGGAACAGGUGCGUGUGGAGAGCUAUGUGGAAGGGGUCAAGGAAGUGGUGCACGUGCGGGGUGUGGAUAAGGGGAGUCGCCUGCUCGUCAGAACGCCGGACUCUGGCUUCAGCAGUCCCUCUGACAGCGACUUCUACAGGAGGUCGGUGUACCAGGCGGCGACACCGCGCCUGCCUCCCAAGCUUCACACGGACGUCCUCGCGACGCCGUGCGAGAUCGAGCAGACGUCGCCCUUGGCGCUCGUCAAGAGGAAGCUUCCCGACGCCGACGUCACGAGUGCAUUGCAUGUGUCGACGCUGCAUGGCGGUCACGAGGUCAGUCACUACCACGGCUUCCAGGCGACGAGUCCGCGCGUGGAGGAGGCCCGGUACCUGAUCCCGCCCGAGACGAGCCCGUACCACCUGUUGUCCCCCACCGUGUACUGGCCGCAUGGCUCGUCGCCGCUCAGGUCACCCAUCCCCUUCACCUCGCCGCUGGGACGACCUCCGUACGACCUUAGUCACACCGCUGUGCCGAUGAGGAGCCCCCAGGACGGCCUCAACCUCACCACCACCUCCACGCCCCGUCCCCCCGGCUCCCCCCGCCACAUCACGCCGCUAAAAGUCCCCAGCAAGUCGCCGGCCGGGCUGGGAGGGGUGCCCACGCCCCACAAGCGCAAGUCCCCGACCACCUCCGGCACGCCCGAGAAGAAGAUGAAGACCUCCAAGAAGACCAAGGCGGCGCGGAGACUCAACUUCGACGAGGACAAGACGUCCCCGGUGUCCGGCACCAUCAUCCGCGAGCUGGCGGAGGGAGAGGAGCCCCUGGUGGUGCGGAAGGGCGACAUCGACCCCGCCUACAACGUGGUUGAGAUCACAGAGGAGGCCAAAGCCGAGCUGGCCAAAAUAGACAAUAAGAUCGGCGAUUAUGUGUGUCGUCUCUGCAAGGAGAUGUACGACGACGCCUUCGGGCUGGCGCAACACAGAUGCUCAAGGAUCAUCCACGUGGAGUACCGCUGCCCCGAGUGCGACAAGGUCUUCAACUGCCCCGCCAACCUUGCCUCGCACAGACGCUGGCACAAGCCCAAGACAACGACCCCCGUGGGCGUCCCCACCCCCGGCACCUCCACCUCUGCCACGUCGUCGCCCAAGAUAUCUCCCGAGAGCGACGUCGGGUCGAGUAAACACUACAUUGAGAACAACAACAACAGCACUAACACCAACAACAACAACAGCAACAUCACGAACAACAACCUCGUGAAAGGCCCGCCCGCCCUCGUCCCUCUGGCGCACUUCACGCCCGCGGAGAGGGAGGAGGAGGCGUCCGAGGAGCAGUUCGAGUGUGAGCUGUGCUUCAAGAAGUUCAAGCGGCAGUCCUACCUACGGAAGCACUUGGCGACGCAUCGAGGAGAUCUUGGAGACGAGCACGCGGGUGCCGGGCCGUCGUCGUCCAGCGCCGCCCCUUUGCCCUCUCACCCUUCCUUAUCUUCCCAGCCGCCCGCACUCCCGCCCUUGCUCUCCCCUCCCUUCCCGAGCGAGGUCCUCCCCUGCCAUCUAUGUGCAGCAGCAUUCUACACCCCCGCGGCUCUCGAGCUUCACCUACAGGCUGCUCACGCCCCUAAAGUGGAGCCGGUUGAACCCACGCCCCUGCACAUCCCGCGCCCCCAGUUUUCCCCACGGGGACACCUCCUAACACAAGCCCCUCCUCCGCCCCCUCCGCCGCACCUCAUACAUCGCCCCCACCAGAUCUCCGCGCCGACCUAACUCCCUAUGCAGCAUAACCCUCCCUCAUCCUCUGGAAGGCGGCGCCCUUCCCUUCCGCCCCCUCCCUCACUCCAGCGGUUUCCUCCGGUGCCAGACGAGUUCCAGAGGGCGUCUUGCGAUGCCCUUCUCUCCGAGGGCACCACGGAGGCCGCUCCCCGACGCAGACACGUCUCACCAGCGGCGGCGUCUGCGGGUUCCUCCCCGGUCUCAGCGGUGGCGCUCCAGCAGGCGACGACAGACUGCUCAUCUCCGCCUCCUCCUCCAGCAGGUCCUCCUUCAGCAGGUUAGAUUAAUUCGAGUCCAGGCUGCUCAUGCUCUUGGUCUCGGCUCCCUCUUACCCACGCACCAGUGAGUGUCUUUGUCAUUCAUUCUUAGGAUAUCUAUUUCUUAAGACAACUGGGAGAGUAUCCACUAGCAAUGUAAGCGUGUACAUUUAUUUAUGAUUGCUUGUCUUUAUUUAUCAUCAGUUGUGUUCUGUCUUCAUUUUCUGCGCCGAUGUGUCUUACGGCCAGAAAACUUCAAGACGCCGCGUGCACUGUAGUCGUUAGCAUAAGUUAUGGGAAGUUAAUCACACGAUCACGUCGAUUUUAAUUCAAUGCUUAUUAAUGAUUCUAGUCACGUGAUUUCAUUACAUAAGCAAAGUCACCAUUCCAAAAGUAGUUUUACUUAGCAAAUAAGUGUAAGGACUUUUUACAAUAUAAGGCUCCGUCUCCCAGUUCAGCUUAAGAUUACUUCAUGAAUUAAUGAUAAUCAACAAGAAAGUACCUGAUUCAACCAGAGAGACCACACGACUGUAUUCUUGCAGUGGAUUCCAGGCCACCAAAAUCAAAAACAAUAUGAUGUAAAAGAUACUCAGAUUAAGGUACUGCGAGCAAAAGAUGUAACAAUUUAGUCCGUGGGAUGUUUGAACAAGGCAGCAGCCAACAUCCUUCUGUAUGUGUAAUUGAUCUCAUUCUGUGGUUAAUGAAAUGAGUUUUUUUUUUUUAUUAUUAUUGUCUUUGUCACGGUUCCCUGAGGCCGGGUGAGUGACACGAAGAAUAGGAGAAGGGGAGGCAAAGAAGCGGAACAUUUUACCUAUAAAAAAGAGAAAAGAAAGCAAAAAAAAAAAAAAAAAAAAAAAAA